AUGUUCUUCGAGUUCACGAAUCGGGCCAGCUUUCAGACUCUAAAGAUUACGGAACAGCUCGUCAAGGUGCCGACGGCGCUGAACAGCUUCCAGGUCAUCUCACGAAUCCGAUGGAAGCUUCGACUGCUCAUCAUCGACUUAGCCAACAUGAGUGUUUGGCAGAUUAUUAUCAUGGUGAAGAGCUCGUCCUCUGAACGGUUUCUCAAGUCCAUGGAGCCCGCGCACGCGAUACGAUGUGUGGUGGUUGAUCUUAUUGUCGCCUGGAAGAUGAUUACACCGGCCUGCUAUUCGCAGCCUAUGAGGUCUCCCCCAUUUUCACAAUAG